GCUGUCGUGGCCGGAGACGAGAGCCUGCCUGCUGACUACACUGAUCUUCUCCCGUGCCCAGUCCGGCACUGACAAGGAGCGAGCGGAAGUGCUUGCUCAGAUGAUGAGCUCAUGCGAUGCGUCAAGCUGGCGAGAUGUCGAGGAGGGGCAGGCAGAGAAGCGUCGUCGAGUAUCCUUGCCACAUGCGUCGGAGCCGGUGGAUGAGCUCCCCGUUGGAGAGGAGGACACGGCCGGGCCUGAGGAGCGAUUUGCCGCCUUUGGGGAUUACGUUGAGGAUGCUGAAGACCCGCCCUCUGACGGUGACUUCUCUGGACACGUUGUGAGAUGGGAGCCCGUGAACGAGACGGUUGGAACGGAGUCGGCCACAUCCCGGUGCUCCAGCGAGAGUGUCGCCACGCUCCAGGGCUGCGUGCUGGUGCUGCGGGUUGAAAAAGGGAAUGAGCUGGUGGGCCGGAGCGCCUUUGCCUUCUACAAGCUCAUUCGCUACAUCUGCAGAUCUGGCAUGGGCAUCGUUGAGGUCGACUGCUGUAACGCGUACUUCCAAUUCUUGUCCGGGCGUUUCCGCGUGUGCGAGGAGCUUGGCCACUAUGUGAGUUGCCGGGAUGCCGUACUGGAGAUGAUCGGCAAAGCCUUCGACGUUCCCCGGGUGGAGGCCAAGAAGUUGAUCAGCAGCAUCGGCUUUGGGGGCAGUCUCUCCACUUGGGCGAGCAAGGUCAUGAGGAGGAUUCCCGUGGUCGCGGAGGGCGGCUUGGUUGCCAAGGCA